AUGAAGCAGGCUCAUGCGCGUCGAGACGUGUGCAUGGCCGUGGAGAUCCCGCUGCUCGCACAGUACGGGUACGACGCUUCAGAGGAGGGAAUCCACCAGCACAGUGCGGCCAUGGCUUCGCUGUUGAAGGACUGCCCCGAUCUUGUGGCAAAGAACAACGAACUGGCGCGCUUGGUGAACCCGACCAUGGAUGUUGACGAGGAUACACACAUUACAGGUGAUUAG